CGGUUGCACAUACUAGUGAAGAUGCCAGGAAUUACCGUGAAGGACGUCGAUCAGGACAAAGUUGUCCAGGGCGACUUCUUGAAGAAGUCCGGUAAGCUGAAGGUCCCCGAUUACAUUGACCUAAUCAAGACCGCCAAGUUCAAGGAGCUGGCUCCCUCCGACCAGGACUGGUUCUAUAUACGCUGUGCCUCGAUCCUGCGUCGUCUGUACCACCAGAGCCCGUCGGGUGUUGGUUCCAUCUGCCGUGUCUACGGUGGUCGCCAGCGCAACGGUGUCCGUCCAUCGCAUUUCUGCCGCACUGAUGGCAGUGCCACCCGCAGGGCCGUGCAGGCUCUGGAACAGAUUAAGCUGAUCGAGAAGCACCCCGAAGGAGGCCGCAAGCUGACCAGCCAAGGCCAGCGGGAUUUGGAUCGUAUUGCGGCCCAGAUCGUGAGCAAACAGCGAGCUGCCCUGAAGAAGGAGGCCGCUGCUCUCGUGCUGGCGUAAGGAUUCCGAAACAGUUUUUUUUUUUCGAGGAUGUAAGCAUACUAAGUUAAUAUAACAACAAAU